UCUCUUUCUCUCUUGCUCCUCAUAUUAUGCUAUGUAGGUCAACAAUAACAACAACUUGACCCCGUUUUGAAUCGUCCAUGGCUUGUCUUUUUUUAGGGUUUUGAGCCUCGUGGUCAAAUAUGAAGGCACCGACUCUUUUACUUGUUGUAUACUAGCGAAGAGCCUGUUUUUUUGUUUUUCUUUAGAGCCUCACGAAUCUGGAGGUUAUUAUUAGCAGAAUACAAAGUAGGUCAGUCAUAAAGUCAUGGAGUUGAUGCAAGAAGAAGUUAAAGCGUAUUCUGAUAGCAGGGAAGAAGAGGAGGAAGAGGAAAUCACAAGAGAAGAAAGCAGCAGGUUACACCAGCAAGAUGCAGCUUCAAAUUUCAUCAAUCACAGAAAGCAGCAGCUAGAGUUCAUGGACUUGACAGUACUGGGGAGCAACAAGGAGGAGGAGGAAGCAGGGAAUUUGCAACAAGGAGGAGUUCAUCAUCCACAUGCCACAUCUUCUUCAACCACCAGCUGCUGCAACGAGCUGCCAGUGGAGAAAGAGCACAUGUUUGAUAAAGUGGUGACACCAAGCGAUGUAGGGAAGCUGAACCGACUGGUGAUACCAAAGCAACACGCGGAGAAGUACUUCCCCCUUGACUCAUCAUCCAACGACAAAGGCUUGCUUCUCAAUUUUGAGGACAGAAAUGGCAAGAUGUGGCGGUUCAGGUAUUCCUAUUGGAAUAGCAGCCAGAGCUAUGUGAUGACCAAGGGAUGGAGCCGUUUUGUUAAGGAGAAGAAGCUCGAUGCUGGUGACGUUGUCUCCUUCCAGCGUGGCCUUGGUGAAUUGAAUAGACAUAGGUUGUACAUAGAUUGGAGGAGAAGGCCUGAUCAUCCUCCUGAUCCUUCAACAUCACUCAUCACACCUUUGUUUCUUCCCAUCAGAUGGGGUGGCAGAUUAUACUCUCAGCCAGCUUCCCCAUCUCCCACGUCGUCUACUGUGCCACCUCGCUACCAUGAUAUUAAUCAUUUUCAGCAACAACUCAAUUACAACAAUAUGUAUACUUCUUUUCAUCAUCAUCAGCAUCAGCAUCAUCAUCAGCCACAGCAACAGCCAUAUCACCAGCAGUACCACCAUAACAACAACUAUAAUGAGCUCAAUUCGGGAUCUGGGUCAGUCUAUUACCUGCGGUCAACACCAUCAAUGCCAAUGGGUGAGAGGGAACAACAAGAGACAGGGAACACUGUCCCUAUGAUCAUUGAUUCUGUGCCGGUUGGUCAUCAUCAUCACCAUGGUGCCUUGAGUGGCGCUGCUACUACUACUACUACUACUAGUACUAGUGGUAAUAGUACUAGUACUACUGGAAAACGGCUAAGGCUAUUUGGGGUGAACAUGGAAUGUGCUUCGUCGUCAGUGGAAGAAUCCAAAUGCUUGUCCUCGGCUUCGGCAACACAUGUGACAAUGGUUAAUUCACUUCCCUCUUCUUCUCUUCCACCUCUUCAGCGAUCGAGGGUACCCCAUGAAGACCUACUUUCAUCAUCAGCAAGGUUUGGGGAUCAGAGAGGGGGAACUUCAGUGCUGUUUGAUUUGGAUCCCUCUUUGCAAUACCGGCAGUGAUCAAAUAAAUUUAAGAGCCAAAUAAUGAAGAAGAUUUAGUUGGGCCAGCUACACUACACUCUCUUUUGCAGCAUUUUAUUUAAUUGUUUUUUUUUCUCUUCCCUUUAUCUCGUCAGCUACAAAUGAAGGAAAGAGCUCCCAAACUUUCGUCCCGUUCUUCUUCUCUUUUGAUUAGUAAUUAGCUUUUAGCAUUUGAGCUUUUUAUUACGUUUUAAACUGCUCUAAGCGUUUAUUUAAUAUUUGCUGGGGAUUCGAGUCUUGAAGAAAUGAAAAAUCGUUUCACUACCAAGAAACGGAAUGAAAUCCAUUAGACCUUUCAAUUGUGUAUAAUACAAUAUAAAUAUAU